AUGGACAGAAGAAACCAGACCAGCAUCUCUAAGUUCCUUCUCAUGGGCCUCUCUGAGCAGCCAGAGCAGCAGCCUCUCCUGUUUGGGCUCUUCCUGGUCAUGUACCUGGUCACUGUGCUGGGAAACCUACUUAUCAUCCUGGCCAUCGGCUCUGACGUCCACCUCCACACCCCCAUGUACAUCUUCCUGGCCAACUUGUCCUUCUCUGACAUUGGUUUCACCUCUACGAUAAUUCCCAAGAUGCUAGAUAACAUUAGCUCAGGUAGUAAACUGAUUUCUUAUGGUGAGUGUCUUACACAACUCUAUUUCUUUGGCCUAUUUGCAGAUCUGGACAACUUUCUUCUGGCUGUGAUGGCAUUUGACCGCUAUGUGGCCAUUAGCCACCCCCUCCAUUAUACCAUGACCAUGAACUCCCAACGCUCUGUCCUGUUGGUGGCUGGGUCAUGGGUGGUCACUACCUUCCAUGCUCUAGUGCAUACCCUCCUAGUGACCAGGCUUGCUUUCUGUGGCCCCAAUAUCAUCCCCCAUUUCUUCUGUGAUCUGGUGCCCCUCCUGAAGCUGGCCUGCUCCAGUACUUAUGUCAAUAACCUGAUGCUCACCCUUGUGGCAGGAACACUAUUACUUGGACCCUUUGUCUGCAUCCUGACCUCUUACUUUUCCAUUGCAUUGGCUAUUCUAAGAAUUGAUUCCCCAAAGGGUAAGCAAAAGGCCUUCUCCAACUGCACCUCCCACCUCGCUGUAGUCUCUUUGUUUUACAGCACAGCUACUGGGGUCUAUUUAUAUCCUCCAUCAUCCCCUUCAGGUGGAAAGGACAGAGUCUUCUCAGUCAUGUACACAGUGGUCACCCCCAUGCUGAACCCUUUCAUCUAUAGCCUGAGAAACAGGGAUAUGAAGGAGGCACUGGGAAAACUACUCAGAAGAAAAACACUCUAA